CCUGAGUGACCUUAUGUAUAAUCAUUAUUCUGUGACAGCGGCUAUCUUCGAUGUAUGCAAAUCAGGCCAAACAAAUAUGGAGGGCAACGAAACUGAAUGAUAAUCGGCAACAGAAUAUACAGCCUGUGUGCCAAUUACAGGAUUUUCCCAGAUGCCAGAUUGACAACCAAGCUAUACUUCUUUAGUUUACCUUGUAGAUGAUAUAACUACAGAAAAACACUACACAUCUCAUAUCUGAAAGGUUCCCAAAUUGGAAACUGGACUAUACGAUCCAUUAAGUAUCGUGUCAGUAAUUCUCUUUGUAUCCAUACGCUACAACAGACAAAAUAUGUCUAAAACUUUAAGGAGUAAAUGGAUUUUUGGCAUUCUUCUUGUAUUUGUUGUAUUGCUAACAUUUACUUACAUGGAACUUACUCAAAGGGUCAUAAUUGAACAAACUAAGAUCUUUCUUCCUCAGAUAAAUCCUUCGUUUGCUGCAUUUUGCAAACGUAUUAUCAAGGGCGAUCGUGAUACCAUUACAGAAGCUAAAGAGAUUAUGGACCAUUCUUCAAAGCAUAUUACUUCACCAGAAGAAUAUAUGAAUCUGACAAAAGAUUGCAGUAAAUUUAAGAGAGUAAGAGGUUAUAUAAUGACAGCUUUAGACGCCAAGGAAAGAGACUUUCCUUUAGCUUUUAGCAUUAAUAUUUACAAGCAUGUUGAACAGUUUGAAAGACUUCUCAGAGCAAUAUAUCGUCCUCAAAACUUCUACUGUAUUCAUGUGGAUAAAAAAUCCCCCGAUAUAUUUUACCAUGCUGUUGAAGCGAUCGCUGCUUGCUUUCCAAAUAUAUUCCUAGCCUCAAAACGUAUAAACAUAUUAUGGGGAGAUUUCACGAUCCUAGAAAGCAUCCUUCUUUGUUCAAGAGAUCUUCUCAGUCAUGAAAAACCAUGGAAAUACCUAAUAAAUCUCACAGGACAAGAGUUUCCCCUUCGUACGAACAAUGAAAUUGUAGAUAUACUCCACAAAAUGAAUGGAUUUAGCAUUGUCCCCGCAAAACUGGCAAUCGAUAGCAAAACCAGAAAUCGCUUCCUCUAUGUUCACCGUGACUUGAAGAGGACCGAGAUAUUAAAGAAAAAGUUUCGUAUAAAUUUUACGUUUUAUAAAGGUUCUGUGUAUACAGUACUUACAAGAAUGUUUGUAAACUAUACUCUUUAUGAUAAACUGGCCUUAGAUUUCUGGGAAUGGCUUAAAGACACUGCCCAUCCAGAUGAAACCUUCCAUUCAACAUUAUACCAAAAUAUAAAACUUGAAGGACACAGAAAUGGUACCGUUAAGAACCCGCACACUCGUUAUGUGGUUUGGCACAAAGAUCGUUGUCAUGGUAAAACAGUUCGUGAUGUCUGUAUUAAUGGUGUUGGUGAUCUCAAAGCCAUAGCAAGAAGUCCCGCUCUAUUUGUGAAUAAAUUUUAUUUGGAUUAUGAACAUUUGGCUUUGGAUUGUUUAGAAACAUGGUUUCAGGAGAGAACUUUAUAUUAUUAUGCAUCUAAAGAAAGAAUAAAAGAUGAAAUUAGUUAAAGCAGAGACAACGAAACAGAGUCCUGUUUGGGGCGUGGCCAAAAACUCUUUCCAUGACGGAGCAAUUUAUAGUUUGAAUUUCUGCGCCCCGGAUAUAGAGUAUUUUCUUUCGCUUUUCGCCCCCUCCCUCUGCAGGGGCUAAGCAUUUGAGCUUGGAGCUGUAAUAUUGUACUAUAUUUCGUGAACUGCGGUCGAAAUUUUAGAGAAUAUUUGUAAUGGUGUACCGCUGAGAAUGUGUUAUAGCAGGCUCAACUGUUAUUAUUAUUAUUAUUAUUGUACAUCAAAAUAAAAUUAACUAUUUUUAUCAAAAAAAA